AUGGAAAGCGACACACAAACUUCUGAGAGAGAGACCCCGCUUCGGACCUGGAGCAGCUGGAACCUGAUUAUUGAUCCCGUGUUGACCAACGGACUGUAUAAAGUGUAUCGUUACGAUGGAAAACAUUUCAACCUGCCCGUGGAGGACCUCGGUCUCUUUCCUGUAGACGCAGUCCGGGAUCCUCGCAUCUGCCGCCUGUGGAGUAAAUCCAGAAACACUGACCUGCUCGUCCCCAAAUUCAAGGUUGAUGAAUGGUACAUUGGCCCUGUUCUUCCAAAAGAAGUGACCUUUUCUAAGCUCAACGACAAUGUUAGGGAGACGUUCCUGACAAAUAUGUGCCAAAAAUAUGGGAGCAUUGAUGAGGUGGAAAUAUUUUACAAUCCUAAGAACAGAAAGCAUUUGGGAAUCGCAAAGGUCGUCUUUGACACAGUGAAGGCCGCGAAAGAAGCUGUGCAGCACCUCCAUCAGACAUCAGUGAUGGGAAAUAUUAUUCACGUAGAAAUCGAUCCUAAAGGUGAAAACAGAGCACGAUAUCUCCAGCUCCUCCUAAAUGGCCUGUGUACUCCGUGGACAUUGCCGGUGGGCAGCAGCGAGCAAGCUCUUCAAAGCCUCAUUGAUAGUUUGCUGAGCAAUGCAGCAAUUCAGAGACUGGGCAUUGCGUCCAGUCCCGCCAGCAUUACUACGCCGCGCUCUCUAGACACAGCCUUCUCCAGUAUUUGGCAGGAUACGCCUUGCAGCUUUGGGCUCACGCCCCAUUCUCUGGGAACUCCUCACACUCCCUGUUUGACCGCGACGCCGCUUUCACAGGACUCCUGCUACUCCAGCCUUCAGGCGACACCCGUCCUCCAGGGGGAGCCAUCCAUCCACAGUGUUCACAAACCUCCCAGGCAAGAGCUCUGGCAUCGCAAACCUGCGAGGCGCUACAGGGGAUCAAGGACAAAUAUUGAUUUAAUUUUAAAGCAUUGCCAACAACAAACACCACAACUACUGUCCGAGCGAAAGAGACCUAACGCUAAUCAGCUUAUGCUGUGGAGUGGCGAUCCUCUGUCACCUGCUCAUAUUAGAAAGCCUUCCUUUCACAUAACCUCACCGCUUGAAGAAUGCGGAGAUACACCGAGCUCAACUCCUUCAGCUUUCCCCAUGAACUGCGACUCUUUCAGGAUCCUGAGCAUUGUUGACACACCUGACCUUCACACCACAGCGACUGUUCCUCCUGACGAUAACCAGCCAAAGAUAGAGAGUCUGGACUCACGCAUUGAGAGCUUACUGACAAACAGCCAGAUCACUGACCUGUCAUGUAUUGAGGGAGAAUCUUUAGAUGACGAUGAACGUUGUCAGGGCAGCCCAGCUCCGCCAUCCUCAGCUCUUCCUCCCCCACUCAUAGAUGACCAGAAGUUCAGCAGUCAGGCUUCUGACAGGUCCCUCACAAGCAGUCGCCAGCGAUCAGACACUGAAGUGGUGGAUGACAGUCAUUCAGCACUCAAGGAUAAGAAGCGCCGCAAUCACAGACAAUCUGGAGCUGUUUCUUCGAGCAGCAGCACCACUCAACGUAUCGCCCAAAAAGCUCCUCCUGCUGUCGCACUGCAAAGCCCCCAUCCAGCAGCAGCCCGCUUUCCUUUCCCCAUGCCCCCAUUUACCCUGCCUGUCCCACCCGUUCCACCUUGCCUGCCAGAUGGAUCGAUCCCCAUCCCACCUCCAUGCUGGGUUCCCCCUCUAAGCCAUCACACUGCCAUCCUCAUCCCCCCUCCUCCUCUCCCACCUCCACCUUCAGUUGCUCCCCCACCACCUUUUUUGUUACCCCCACCACCUUUGAGGAUUCCACUUUCUGUUACCCCUGUUGUGCACAGCAGUGCACCUUUAUCAUUUCCCCAUCCAUGCUGGCCUAUGCCACCCUUUCCCACGUUCAACCCUCAUGUGCCACCACCGGAUUAUGUGCCCGUGCAGGAAAACCCACAUCGGCUCACUGCAGAUAAAGUUUUAGAGGUCCUCAUGAACGAACUGAAGCUGAUCAUUAAGAAGGACAUUACACGUCGAAUGAUUGAAGGCGUCGCCUUUAAAGCAUUUGAGGACUGGUGGGACUGUCAGGAGAGGAGAGCAAAGGUUCAGCCGUCUCCCUCAAAGAGUGCAGCAACAUGUCAUGAGGAGAGACGCAAAUUCAUGACGACCCUCAGUGGAGCUGGCGAGCAGUUCAAAAAGCCUCCGCUGCCAUCCUUCAGGGUGAAAAGGAAAAGAUCAGAAGAGAUGGAAAAUCAGUCUUGUUCUGAUAAAGAAACAUCUGAUAAAAGUGAGAGAGCCAAACGCAGACAUGCCAGACCCCUGGAGCUUGACAGCGAUGGUGAGAGUUUUUCCGACGGCAGCUCAUUGGAGGAAAGCCAGUCAGAGUCGUCAGACUUUGAUUCCUCCGAUUCGUCGUCUUCGGAGAGCUUUGAGGACUCGUUCUCUGACCUCAGCACCGAUGGCGAAGACAUGGAGGAGCAAGAGGACAACAGCAAAAGCGAGGAGAGUAUAGUGAUAUCGUCAGAUGACGACCCGAUGGAGCUUGAGCCCCCUCUCACACCCGUAGCCCCACUGACCCCUGACCCGGGUCUGCAGGACUGGUCGGAUCUGUUUCACCGGGAGCAAAGCGAGGAGGACCAGGAUACGCCUGGUGUGGAAUCUUGUCAUGACAUGGAGCUGAAGAUGCCUGCAUGGUCAUUAGACUUUCAGGAGAGCGCAGAAAACUUGAGGCCCCUCACUCCGACUGGCUGCUCGCUGGACACGGACCCCGAUCUCCUGAUCAAAAGCAAACCAACUUCUCCAGCUGAGGAGGAGGCAGAACGACCACAAACACCAGGCAGAGGCAUAGUGAACGAUCUGGAAAGUGAAGACUUGGAUGAAACGCAUGAGGUUCUCUCCCAAACAAGCAGCGAACACAUUCGUACAACUUCUAAUGUACUGGCUGCCCCGUACUCAUCAUACCAGAGGACGCCCAGAACUCCUGGCAGAGAGGACAUGUGCCUUUGGAAUUAUUCCAGUUCUGUAAGAGCGCCUGCAACACCUGGCAGAGAGACCAUGGCAUCAGAGGGAAGCCCUGAGUUCUCACUUCUUAGCAGUCCUCCUGUUCUACCCUCAUCCAGCAAUCCUUACAUCACAGCACCAAAGACUCCAGGGAGAGACAUUAAGUUACCUCGAUGGACCGUGGUUCACAGGAGGAAAAUAGAAACUAUGAACAUCUCUCAGCCUUGGAUAUGUAACCGAUUUGGCUCAGGUUCUCCCAUCACAGUGUCCUCGCCAUGCAGCCUGUCUGAAUCUUCACCUGAUCUUGCAGAGGAGCGCGGCGUGUGGAUGAGUUCAGGUGUGAGAACACGGCCCUUGCAAGGACUAGAGAACAUGCCUGGCAUUUUCAGUGAGGAUAAAUACGCACUGAGGCGCAAACAGUGGCUGAGAAGAAGAAGAAGAAGAGCUCGUCAUCGGCACAGAUCACAUAAAAGAUCCACAGGUUCGAUGUCCCUGGGUAGCCGCCCUCACCGUUGGCGGUCAGGGUGUCAGGAGUGGGGAAUCCUUAAUUUUAUCUGGAAGGAUGGCCUCGACGAGGAAGAUGAGCGGCUUCUGAAGUGUUCUUAUGAGAAGCUACAAGAGACGGACAAUGGCUUAGGGUGGCUGAGGGAAAUCCCCUGGAUACAUCAUCCUUUGACCAAAGUCUUGACAGAAAAUAGUGAGGAGGCAACAUUCUGCCAGCGAAAACACAGGACGGGCUGUGCUCGCAGUGAAGGCUUCUAUAAAAUCAGCAGGGAAGAUAAAAUGAGAUACCUCAACAACGUGAGGACACUGACUGAUCUUCCAUCCACAAGUGCUCAGGGCCCGGCCCAGUAUGCCACCUCACUGCGUUCAGGAUCUGACUUUAGGUCUGAACAGCGCCGCCUGCUGUCGUCUUUCAGUUGUGACAGCGAUCUGGUCAAGUUCAACCAACUGAAGUUCCGGAAGAAGAGGAUUCGUUUCAGCCGGAGUCACAUCCACGAGUGGGGGCUGUUUGCCAUGGAGCCAAUCGCAGCAGAUGAGAUGGUGAUUGAGUAUGUGGGCGAAGUCAUCAGACAGGUUAUUGCUGACAUGAGGGAGCAGAGGUAUGAGGAGGAGGGCAUUGGAAGCAGCUACUUGUUUCGGGUGGAUGAUGACACCAUUAUAGACGCCACUAAGUUUGGAAACCUAUCCAGGUUCAUCAAUCACAGCUGCAACCCUAACUGUUAUGCAAAGAUCAUCACCGUGGAGUCUGAGAAAAAGAUAGUGAUUUACUCCCGGCAGGCAAUAAGCGUCAAUGAAGAGAUCACCUAUGACUACAAGUUCCCAAUUGAGGAAACCAAGAUCCCUUGCUUGUGUGGUGAAUAUAACUGCCGAGGCUCCUUGAACUGA